AUGCCGAUUCCUAUCAUAUCGCAUGUGCUGAGUGAAGGGCUCUCUGCUGUUCCCCAUGUAUACACGGUCUUCAAGUGGACUGCGGUUGCGGCCAUCGUGGCCCUACUGAAAUACUACUUCGGCGGUGCUCGCAAUACCUCCGAGCGACUAAUGCACUCGAAGGUGGUGAUGAUCACGGGCGGCACAUCAGGUAUCGGAGCCUCUAUAGUCCACGACCUCGCUUCACGCGGAGCUCAAAUCAUCCUGCUCACGCAACACGCACCUUCGGACCUAUUCUUAGUCGACUACAUCGAGGACGUGCGCCAAUCAACAAACAACGAGCUCAUCUACGCCGAACAAGUCGAUCUAACAUCUCUCCACUCCAUCCGAAAAUUCGCUACGAAAUGGGUCGACAAUGCUCCGCCACGGCGACUGGAUAUGAUCAUCCUCUGCGCGAAUACCCUCAAACCAUCGCGGAGCGGUAAACCACGCUUGACGUUUGAUGGUCUAGACGAGGAAUGGCAGGUUAACUACCUGGCAAACUUUCAUCUGCUGAGUAUCCUGAGUCCAGCCCUUAGAGCCCAGCCGCCGGAUAGAGAUGUGCGGAUUAUUUUUGCCACGUGCUCAAGCUAUAUCGGUGCUACGAUGGAUUUCCAAAGGACAGAGGGAGUGGUGAGCAGUGCGGCGACAACGGGGAUUAAGAACAAAUCCAAACCUGGCGCCAAGAAUGCAUCAUUAUCAAGAAAAAACAAACGCAACAGCAGCGCAGCAAGUAUGUACGGCAUGACGAAGCUUUCUCUCAUGAUAUUCGCAAAAGCGUUCCAAAAACAUCUAUCAUCCUACAAACGACCGGAUCAACAACCUAUGAACGCGCGGGUCCUUAUCGUUGACCCAGGCUACAGCCGCACACCAGGCACACGCCGUUGGCUCACAGGCGGCAGUUUAUGGGGGCUUUUGGUCUAUCUCAUUCUCUGGCCUGUAUGGUGGCUCAUCCUCAAAUCACCACACGCAGGAGCCCAAAGCUUUCUGUACGCGGCUAUGGAGGCACGCUUCGGCCGGAGUGCAGGCGAGCAUAUCGGCGGCGGAUGGCUAAUCAAGGAGUGUCGCGAAGUCGAGUGCCUGCGCAAGGAAGUCGACGAUGUUGACGUUGCCAAGGAGCUAUGGGAGUUUAGUGAGCAGCAAAUUCAAAUUAAGGAAAAGGAAUCUGCCAAGAGGCGUGCGCUAGAAAAGGCGCAGAAAGAGAAAGAGGAGGAGGACAAAAAAAGGAAACAAAAAGACGAAGAAAAGGCAAAGGCGCAAACUAAUAAGAAAGAAAAGGUUGACAACAGCAACAACAAUAAGAAUAAUAGUAAGUCGCGGCCGAACAAAAAUCGGAAAUGA